CCCAGGUGCUAAUGUACAACAUCGAACAACAAGUCUACAACAAUAUCAUCACACAUAGGGACAGCGAAGAUUGCAGAGGGGUUUGCACAAUAAGCUGUCCAGAUGGCGCAGGACUACACCACUUACCUGGCCGAGCAAGUCCUCAACGAACAACAAUUGGUCAGCUAUCGCAUGCUGAGUCGAGUUUUGAAACUGCACGGCAAUGUUGCAAAACAAAUGCUCUACGAAUUUCAUUGCAAGCAAAACGAGAAGAAGCCCGGCAGCGUUCAUGCAACAUACAUCAUAACAGGGACAAAGGUUCCUUCGCCAUCCCAAGAACCCCAGAAAGAAGAUCCCGAUGGUGACAGUGUCAUGCAAAGCAGUCCCCCUUUGCCGCCCCCGAGCAGCUCGGCCGCUGUGCCGCAGGAGACCGAACCAAUAACGAUUCAGACGAUGAUGCUUGUGAAGGAAGAACACCUGGAGCGCGCCAAGUCGCAAUUCAUCUCAAUCUCAUGCAUCCAUGUAUAUGCUCUCGCAGCGAAAGGCUUGAGCCAAAUCCAAACUUUGGCCGAAUGUAAUCGGAAAAUUACCGCCGCCCAUGCAGGAGAAGAUCCCUUGGUCGCAUGGAAGGCCUACGGUACCAUUCAGAACAGCAAUGUUCGACGGCGGACGGCGAGAGUACCCCCUGCACCAGUACCGGCUGCUGCUGUAGCUUCAAAACCUGUGGCCAAGGAGGCUCCGGCUGCGAAGACAGCCACUACGAAGCCCGACUCGAAAGAAUCGACUAACUCCACUACCACACAAAAGGCCCCCGCAGAAAUGUCGAAAUCUGACACAGCCAAGUCUUCAAAGGUCGCGCCCAGCAAGGCCUCUGCAUCAUCCAUAUUCAAGUCAUUUGCAAAGACUGCUCCUGUCACAAAAAAGCCGGCGCCAACGCAAUCUAAGAAUGACUCCCAAGCUUCCGCCGCCUCCGUCCAAGACACCAAUAUGACAGGCUUUUCCGACGAUGAUGAUGAGGCGGAUGACGCUAGUCUGCCCGAGGAACUCUUCGCAAAAGACUCGCAGGCUGAGAGUAGCGGUAAAUCAAAGAAGGAUCGGGAGGCCGAGCUACAAGCUAUGAUGGAGCAAGAUGAUGACGAAGACGAAGAAGCAGCGAAGAGCAAAGCUGAUGGGGAGGAUGGAGAUCAGGAUGCAGAGAUGGACGAUGCCGAUGCGCUUGAAUCACAGGACUCAUCAACGAAGAAAGCAGAUGCACCUGAAGCCGAUGUAGAAGAGGAAGAACCCAAAGUCAUCGUGCAGAAUGGUCGACGAAGAGGCAAGCGCCGGGUCCCGAAGAAACGGACAGUCCGUGACGAGGAAGGGUAUCUAGAGGAACUUGCCUGGGAGUCCUUCUCCGAAGAGGACGUUGCUCCGGCCGCGUCAGCGGCCGCGAAGAAGGCCAAGAUUUCGAACACGGCAUCGAAUACGAACAAGGGCCCGGCUUCGACAAAGAGGAGCGCCGGCGACAAAGGUGGCAAGGCUGGAAACAUCAUGUCGUUCUUUGGAAAGAAGUGAUGACACAAUACCCGUGAUAAGCUGUUGAAUUUUGUUCAUAAUGAUCAUUACAAGACUUUAAGCAAAAGUAUUCCGACA